ACCGGUAAACUGAACACCGCGAAUUAUUUAAUGCAGUAUGUAACAUGGAGCUACCAGACUGAUUCACACAUAAUUCAAGACACUCGGAUUUAUUUUUUAUUUUAUUUGAGUCAAGUCGGCUUGUUUACUACUCCAGAGCCAUUCUCCGGAAGAGAACUUCAUAUCCCACAAUUCCCACUUCCGCAACCUAGCGGUGCAUAUUGACUAGCCAGUAGUACUUCUGUCAUGUCCCUGCUUGUUUAGCUAGCUGCAGUAAAUGUGACAAACGAGCUGUGGAGCACAACGAUCAAAUGCAGACAGCUCUGGAAAUGAAAGCUUGUCUCACUCUGAAGCUGUUGACCUUUGGACCCUUGCUGCCUGUGUUGCCAGCUGUGUGUCCCUGCCAUAAGUAGCAGUGAUGGAUGGAGGACCCCAAAAGCCGGCUGUGGGAUGGGAGAAUGGCAUGCUGGCCCCUGUGGACCGCCUUCGCACAGAGAGGGCGGACAGCCCCGUACCAGGUCUGGUGGAGGGAACUGAACCAGGUGCCGGGCAGCAGAGUGCUAUGUUCGUCCAUGCACAGUCUUUCGAGGAUCUGACUGCUGAGGCUGAAGAAGAUGUCGAAAGGGAGGCUGGACUGGACCAAUCAGGAGAGCCUGUGGAGGAUCUCAAGGUGCUGGUGGGAGAGAAAACCAUCGAGGAGCAGCACAACAACGACACCUCACCAGAGAGGGGGACUAAGGAGGAAGACGUGUCCAGCGAGGCCUGGAGGAGCCACAGAAAACACGUGUUCGUGCUGAGUGAGGCUGGAAAGCCGAUCUACACCCGAUACGGCACGGAGGAGGCUCUGUCCAGCACCAUGGGGGUGAUGAUGGCACUCGUGUCCUUCGUCGAGGCUGAGAAGAACAUAAUUCGCUCCAUCCAUGCAGACGGCUGUAAGGUUGUCUUCCUCGCCAAGAGCCCUCUGGUCCUGGUGGGCGUGUCUCGAACCUGUCAGUCAGACAAGGAGCUGCUGCGGGAGCUGCAGUACAUCUACUACCAGAUCGUCAGCCUACUCACCCUCACCCAGCUCAACCACAUCUUCCAGCACAAGCAAAACUAUGACCUGCGCCGCCUGCUGGCCGGCUCGGAGUAUCUCACCGACAACCUGCUGCACCGGCUGGACCGCGACCCUGGCCUGCUGCUCAGCGCCGUCACCUGCCUUCCUCUGGCCAGCUCCGCCAGGGACGUGGUGUCCGCGAGCCUGCAGGCUGCCAAGGCCAAAAACCUGGUGUUCUCCAUCCUGCUGGCAGGGGACCGCCUGGUCACUCUGGUGAGGAAAAAGGACCAGUUCCUGCACCACAUAGACUUGCACCUGGUCUUCAACCUCGUCGGCUCCUCCUCCUCCUUUCGUGAGGGUGAAGGCUGGACGCCGAUCUGCCUGCCAAAGUUCAACACUGCAGGAUUUUUCCACGCUCACAUUUCUUACCUGGAGCCCGCGUCCGAGCUCUGCCUCAUCCUGGUCUCAACUGACCGAGAGGACUUUUUCAAUAUGUCCGACUGCAAGCAACGGUUCCUGGAGAGGCUGAGCAAGCGCAGUGCCUACCAGGCCAUGAAGGAGGCACUUAAAUGUCCCAGCUACUCUGUGGAGCAGGUCGGCAUCCCGGAGCUCAGGCACUUCCUGUACAAAUCAAAGAGCUCAGGGCUGUACACCAGUCCAGAGUUUCCUGCCGUCUACCAGUCUGACGAAGAGCAAGAAAGGAUGAUGGGGUUGUACCAGGACCUUCACAGCCACUUGCAUCAUCCAACCAGACCUCUCCGCUCCUUCUACCGCUGCAGUGAAACUGAAAACCUGCUGGCAUGGGUGACGAGCGGCUUUGAGCUCUACCUCUGCUUCAGUCCGCUGGGGACCAAGGCCUUGGCCGUCUCUGCCGUCAACAAACUGCUAAAGUGGAUCAGGAAGGAAGAGGAUCGCCUCUUCAUCCUGAGUCCGCUCACAUACUGAGCCCCCGCUGCCUGCCGGUCGACCUUCUGGAACACAAAGCUUCACCCUGAACUCCGACAGGCCCGGUGCUACUAACAGCUGCGGAUGAUGCAGCAGUCAGUUCAGUGUUAAGAGCGAUUGUCGAAGCGAUUUAUUUGUUUUUGUUUCUUUCUUGCUUCUGGGUUCCUCUGAUCUAAUUCACAGGUUUGUGAUGACGUAGAUUGCACAACGAGGGUAAAUUAAAGCAGUAUUUUAUCUGGUUAGAUUUUUAUAACUUUAAAUUUUGGAUCAGCAGAUGAAGCAGCAGCAGCAUCAUCAGCGACACAAUAACAACAGGUGAUGUUUGUGUGCUGCUGAAGUUGUUUCACAAAUGAUUGUUUUACUGUAACACGCCUAUUACGCCUCUAAAAAAUGCUGUUUUUUUUUUUUAAAAAUGCUAUCAGUUCUUAAAGAUGAAGAUUACAUUUGAAUUUAAAAACUGGAAUUUACUUAAGACCUGCAGUAGAAUGUAUUUUCUUGUUAUAAGACAUACUGUCACAUGUGUCAACCACAUUCCUUUAUCUUUACAUGACCAACAACUGUAAGAAUCAUUAUUGUUUUACCUCUAUGCACUUUCAUUAUGCAAAACACACUCCAAGAGAAAUGUGUGGAUGAGUCUGUAACCUGUUUACUGCUGUUUGCUAUUUGAUCGUGUUAAGAUGUGUUGUUCACAUCAGUGUGAAGGAGUCCUUUAAUCUCACAUGGUCCAUAAGACACUUACGUUGCGUUACGCAUAACAAUUAAGAGAAUUAGUAUGUGUGAUAUUUUAGAAGCUUGUGGUUAAGUGCAUUUAAUGGGAUGCUGCUUUGCACAAGGAAUCAAAUGUUGCCACACCUGCCUCCACUAAUCAUGCCUUAACUAACAGUCAUUGUGCAAAGCCCAUACAGGUUCGCAACAGUGCAGAACUACGGCAGCUGCGCAAUUACACAAUUACUAAAUAUGAUUAAAUAAAUGGCUAGAAAGAAAACCAA